AUGAUCCAAUGUUAUGCAAUUGCUCAAAAGCAUCAAUACGAAUUUGAUCAGCAGAGAAUUGGGAGCACUAAUGACUAUGCGUUUGGAACUGUGAGACGUGAAAUUCGUGAACUUACUGGGGAAAAGAUUGAGAAAGUUACUGUGAAAAGCUUUUAUUAUAGUGAAAGGGAUCCAAAAUUUAAUACAGUAAUGUUAUGCGAUGAUUAG